AUGCAGUCAGCUCUCCCUUGUGUGCUAGACCCCAGCCAAUAUAUUAUUGAUGAGUACCAGACUGGAAUGAGUCUGCGCUUAUCAGCCACCAUUGACACAACACCCACAGCUUUCUCUUACCCGCAUAACAACCUUACACAGACACCACACAACAAUCAUAGUCUCUCCAUAGACACACACACACAAAGUCUCCCCCUACACUGCAAACAACAGCCACACUUCAGACAACUCACACAACCGGGGACGGGGGCUGAUAAAAGACUUACCCUUGCUAUUCUUCUGACCACGGAUGCUUAUAGCAAGAAAUGGGUCAUUGGGCCAGCGAGGGGUCAAGACAAACAAGCACACAGGAUUACAAAGAAUACAGACAUAUAUACGGACCGUAAUGAUCCAACAAAAAUAAAGCAUCACUGUCUCUUGAAUCCCUCCCCGCUCGUUCGUGUAAACUUCUGUAUAACACACAAUGGACCAUGA